AUGGCGCUGGAAAUCGGCGGCGACGCCAAGAGGCCGCGGCCGCCGCCGGCGGCGGUCCGCCAUCCCUCGUCCCUCUCCCGCGCCUGGCCCGGCCUCUGGGCGCGCCGCUGGGAGGACGACGGGAGCCCCUCCUCCUCCCUCCACCACCACCUCCGCCCCUACUCCACCCCUUGUUGCAACAAGCUCCUCGACAUCCUCGAGCUGCGCCAGUCCCAGGGCCGGCGGGGGCGAAUCGACCGCUACUCCCUCGUCGUCGACACCCUCUCGAUCCGCCCCCACGGGCUCGGCCGCUACCUGGCCGCCGCCGCCCGCUGCGGCGUCGAGGAUCUCCGCGUCGAGCUGCGGAGGGCGACUCCGGACACGCCACUCCUCUUCCCCUUCCCGGCGGCGGCCGGCCCCGCCCUCGCGCGCCUCUCGCUGCGUGGCAUCGGGCUCUCCGGCCUGCACAGCAGGGCCGCCCGGCCGUGCGCUGCCUUGGAGGCCGUCCUCCUCCACUCCGUCCGCCUCGACUUCCAGGAAUUGGCGAGGAUGCUGGCGCUGUGCCCUCGUCUCCGCGUCCUCGGCCUGCGCUCCUGCACGGGCAUCAGUCGUGUCGCCGUGACGCCGGCGAUGGGGCUCUCCAGCCUCAGGACCGUCACCAUCAUAGACUGCAGCUCCCUCAUUGGUGUGGACUUCGCGCUGGUUUCUAGCCUCCGGUCGUUCCGCUACAGCGGCGGUUUCUGCUUCUAUCUGCCCGGCGAUGCCAUGUUCGCCGACCUCGACAUCCGUUUCGGCAUCAAGAAAAGCCGCAAUGUCCUCAUCUGCCAGAAGGUGUUCAGUGGCUGGUUCGAAACCCGUGUUUGCUCGAAACUUGCUACCCUCACCAUCUGCAGCAAUGUCCUCUUUGUUGUGUCUUCCUUGCUUAAUGCAACCUCACAUGCCGAAUCGACCAAGAUGGUGGGCGACUUAUUUCCAAGAAUGACGGAACUACAGUUGAUUAUGUUAGAAAUGAAGGCCCCUGAGCUUGCAAACAUCUAUGUGUUCCUCAAGAACAGCGGCUGUUCUAAUCUGGAGAGGCUUUUUGUGCAGCUCCCUACUGCACCGAGCGGGCUCUUGGUGGAUUCGUUUGACUAUGUGGGGUUAGAGCCACCACCGGAUGUUUUGGAAAACCUCAAGGUGGUAAAGAUUACGAAUUUCAGUUGGAACCGCUAUGAGCUGCAGCUGGUGCUUUUUUUGUUGAGGAAGGCUAGCUCUCUUCAUAAACUGGUACUGAUUACUCCCAGUUUGGAGCCGUUGCAUGUGCCCGGUAUCCAGAAGGCAGACCUUUUGUUUCUUGCAGAAGCUGUGGCGAAUGGAAAAGUAAUUCUCAGUGGGUCUGACGAUGCGGCAACCCAGCCAUUUCAUUCAGAUGUCUCUGCCGACUUUUAG